AUGGAUGAGAAAUCUUAUCUUGAAGAUGGUUUUGAUCCGAAAUCAUUGAAAGUUGCCAGCCUCAGAGGUAUUUUAAAUGAACACAAGGUUCUGUUUCCCUCGAAUGCAAAGAAGCAAGACUUGAUUAAUAUUUUUAAUAGUAAUAUUAAGCCUCAAGCAAAGCUGCUCCUUGACAGCUACAAGGAUUCAAUAGGAAAUUCGAAUGGGGAAGGCUUCGAAAACAUAGUAACAAAGGAGGAAACAAAGCCGAAAUCAAGAGCAAGGUCUAAAACUCCCAAACAGAAAACUCCAACGCCAGUUUCUUCGUCUGUGUCACCUAAGGAAGAAUCAAGUAGUUCUUUUACUAAUGAUAACGUAUUUCAAUCAUCUCAAGGAACAUCAGAAAGACAUAAGAAGUCUAGAAAGAGAUCACACCCAGAGGAGAAAGGAACUCCAACUAAUAAGAAAAAAGUAAAAGCUAAAUCCACGGAUAAUGAGAAAUCAAUAUUUGAUGAUUCAAGCGAUUAUAGUGAAAUCGGAAACUCGUUCCUGGAGGCGACAACCGCUAGGAGAUCUAAAACUCCCGAGAAAUAUUCUGAAACGACAGUUGGAAAGAAACUCAAAAGUGACUCAAAAAUUAAAACAAGCCCUAAGAUACAUGGAUCUUCUCCAAGCGCAGCUCACUUGUCUAACGAAGACACUGUUGUACAAAAUAUGGACCUGAAAACUAAAAUUUCAAGCGUUAAGACUCCUCAGAGUAAGGUUCCUUCUCAGAAAAAUACACCGAAAAAGAAAGAUGCAACGCCUAAACGAACGCCGAAACGAACACCUGUAAAAUCUCCGAAGUCCAAUUCUGUGAAAAAGAGUGCAAAAGAGGAAGGUGUCGAAACAAAUAAAUUUGACAAAUAUACAUCAUUGGAAAAGGAAGCAUCUAAUUAUGAUCGACAAUUAAAGAUGAUUAAAGAAAAGGAAUCUAAUAAACUUGCGUCUGAUCUAGGUAUCAAGAUCCAAGGGUUACCAUCUCAAAAUUUCGUUUUAAAUAAAGAUACUAUUGAGCUUCCCAAGAAAAAAGCAGCAGGACCACUGUUAGAGUCAUCGUUGAAACCUAGGCGUAGAAUUAUACCAGAGCCAACUUUAGAUAGCCUCGAAGCAAGUGACGAUGACAAAGAUUUGGGUUCCGAAAGUGAAGUUGAAGAAGAUCAUCGGGCUUCAUCAUUUGAGGAUAAUUUGAAUAAGAUAAAGACAAAUUUACGUGCAGAUUUUGCAAAGAUCAACAGGAGCAUUAGCGGCCGUAAGACAUCGUCAGGUAUAGUCUUCGGUUUCAUUUUCCUUUGGUUUAUAUUAAUUUCUGCGGGAUUGUUUGGUUAUUGGUACAGAGAACAAACAAUUAUGAUAGGAUACUGUGGAGAAGAAAUAGAUGUUCCCACAUUCUCAAAGUCGGAGGGCAUGCCUUCACUUUUGGUGAGUAUGGGAGACUAUUUGGACGCAAAUUUCAAACCAUCUUGCAAACCUUGCCCGCCACAUGCAAGAUGUUUUCCUUACUUGGAAAUAGGUUGCUACGAGGAUUUCAUGGAAGCGAAACCUUGGUUUGCAAUGAUUAAUCCAUCUCUUAAAACGUGCGUUCCAGAUACGAGGAAAGCAGAAAAGUUGGAGACUAUGAUCGAUGUUGCAUUAGAUAUGUUGAGGUCUAAGAAUGCUCAAAGAAAUUGUGGGACAGCUCCCAAAGAGGAUCUUGAAGCUGGAAUCAGCGUCGACACUUUACAUGAUUUGUUAUUCCUAAUCAAAGCACCAUAUAUAACUACGGAAGAGUUUGAAGAUUUAUGGAAUAGAUCUGUUGUUGAGCUCCAGAAAGAGCCGGAAAUAAUUGUAAGGCAAGUUUUGAAUUUUUCUUUUACAAAUGAAAUUUUUAUUUUCAAGAUGAAACAAUUUACUAACAAUUCUUCUAGACAGGAUACUGGCUUAAUAACAUACCUGCCGUUGGAACUAACAUUGACAACGCUGACAAAAAAGCAGAAAACAAGGUUUUUCGAUCGAUAUCCUUAUCAAACAUCUCUAUGA